AUGGAGGGCUUUACCGUGGAGCCCGAAGCGACCCAGAGCGAGGAGCGCUCGCCACAGCAUUUCGAUCUCUCGGCUGAGGACCAGGAGGCCUUCAAUCAGUCGCCGAGCAUGGCUUCGGGUGAUUCAGGUGAAGAUAGUUUGCAGCAAGUCCGGGAGAGGCUGAGAUUCUUGAGCGUCGAGGAUCAGAAGACCGUGUGUCGGCGAGAGUGCCAAUUGGCCCAACAACAGCAGGAGGCGCUUCAGCGUCAGAUGCAGCAGACCAUCGAGAGGUAUCGCCGCGUGGUGCAGUUGCACGAGGCGGUGGACCAGACGAGCGGCGACCGCGUGGACCCGGAGGUCCAACAGAAGUGCCAGGAGCGGAUCGAACUCUUAGAAGCCAUGUGGAGCAAGCUCUGUAGCGAGCCGCCGGUGUCCUCGCAGAUGUCUCCCAUGGAACGAGCCAAGGGCUUUGCUUUCUCAUCCUACGCCACCACGGCCAAUGCGGCCAACAAGCUCAAGGAGGGUACCGGCCCAGUCUUGGAGGCACUAGCCGCGGCGCGGCCCGUCCUCGGCGUUUUGGCCCUGGCCAGUUGUCUCUGGUCCGUUGGCUUUACAGGCCCAUCGACACAUGCUCAGAGGGGAGUCUCUCUAAGAGCAAAGAAGAAGGAUCAGACACAGACUUACAAUGAGAUCGCAAGCAUCGAAGUCUCCGAGAAGGUCAAGUCCAUGCCGAAAUACAUGUCUCCGGAAGAAGUAGCCGCGGACAUCAUUAGACAACGGGAAAAACAGUUGGAGAACUACAUGGAUGGCGUCGAGAUCGGCCCGGAGCGGAGCGAUGAAUCCAUCGGGCCAGCCUAUUUCCUCUUUAUCCCCGCUGGUUUGGGCUUGGCUGCUGCUCUGUUCUACCUCAGUGUCACGUACCAGGAUUUCAAGGAGCGUUCCGUUGGAAUGAUUUCCUACGCGGAUGUGUGUGGGACUGCUGCCUUUGAGCUGAAGCAGCUCUUCUUCCCCAGUUCGCAGUGCGUGGAACCUUUGUAUUCCAUGACCAAAGAGGAGUUUGAAGAGUCCCAGCGACAGGCCAGCCUGACAAGCAGGGAGCAGAAACCGCUGCCGAAGACGGCGCAGGAGAUCCUCAAAGAGAUGGAAGCCAAGGAGGCCCAGUGA